AUGGCACAGUUGAUUAGAGCGCAGUGUCGAGGAAAACCACUCUUUAAUGGCGAGGCGACGUUGAUUGGUUUCGAACCAAAGAGCAAAAUCAGAUUUGUUUCAACUACUACUACUAAGCUACUUUCAUCGGCUUCCUCGUCUGUGUCAUCCUCGCCUGAUGAUUAUAAGUUCAGAGAAGAUGUUAGCAAUGUGGAUGAUAGCGGCUUUUGUAAUGUUGGUUAUGAUCUGUUUUUCGAUGAUCCGGAGUUUGGUAGAGACGAAUUGUCUUGUUUUCGAGGUCUUGUACUGGAUAUUUCUUACAGGCCUGUAAAUGUUGUCUGCUGGAAACGCGCUAUUUGCUUGGAGUUUAUGGACAAGGCUGAUGUUCUGGAAUAUUAUGAUCAGACUGUUAAUUCUCCCAGUGGAUCCUUCUAUAUACCUGCUGUUUUAAGGGUGCCACAUUUGCUGCAAGUUGUCAAAAGAAGAAGAAUAAGAAGUACCCUCAGUCGUAAAAAUGUACUUGCUCGGGACAAUUUUACUUGUCAGUACUGUUCUUCGAGCGAAAACCUAACAAUCGACCAUGUAGUUCCAACUGCGCGAGGUGGGGAAUGGACAUGGGAAAACCUGGUUACUGCAUGUUCCCGUUGCAAUAAUAGAAAAGGUCAAAAGAUUUUGGAGGAAGCAAACAUGAAAUUGAAGAAGAUCCCUAAGGCCCCUAAAGACUAUGACAUAAUUGCCAUACCCUUGACAAACAGUGCGAUACAGAUGCUGAAAAUGGGAAAGCAAACACCGGAAGAGUGGCAUGAAUACCUAGCAUAGCCAUCAUCAUGUUGAUCCAUCAACACAGGGUUCACUUUUACAUUUCAGUAUAACAUAAAACGUAACCUUAAGACAUUAAUAUCAUCUCUAUUCUACUCCGUUGUAAGCGUCUCACUACAUUCUGUCACAUAUGUAAACAGAAGUUCUUGUAAAUUUGGGUUUUAGGCUUCGUUUCCUAGUUUCUAAUGGUUCGGCAUGUAUAUAAAGUUGUAUUAAUAUUUACCUGUUAUAUAUUUAAUGAAGUGACUUUACCUUUUAUCCUUA